UUUGACUGGACUGGAGGAUCAAGUUAAGUCUCUUGAGAAACAAGUGAGUGGCUUUGAGGAUGAAGUCAAGGAUUUGAAUGAAAAGUUGGCUGCUGCACAGUCAGAAAUGACUAAUAAGGAAAACCUGGUAAAACAAUACGCUGAAGUUGCUGAAGAAGCCGUCUCAGGUUGGGAGAAGGCUGAGUCAGAAGCCGCGAAACUGAAAAAUCACCUGGAAUCAGUUACUCUUUUGAAGCUUACUGCUGAAGACAGGGUAUCACAUCUGGAUGGUGCACUGAAAUUACAUCUGGAUGGUGCACUGAAGGAGUGCAUGCGGCAGAUACGAAAUUUGAAAGAAGAACAUGAACAGAAGCUGCAUGAUGAGAUUCAGAAUAAAACCAAGUAGUUUGACAAAAUGUAG